AGACUUACUGAUAAAGAACUUGAAGAUUCCCGCGCAUUGCAAGAGGAUCUCAACAUGAAGGCGGUCACACUUGCGGGUCUUUUUGGGGUUGUCCUCCUCGCCGUCCUGGCGAACUCUCCUGUGGAGGCAUCCCCUCUGCCGGAACCCGAACCGGAACCGCUACCAGAGGCUAAUCCGGGUAAAAGUCUAGGACCCGCCUAUGAAGCCGACGGAGCUCAGGGCUGCGAUGACGAGGAAGACGGUGGCGGCGGCGGCGGCGGCGGUGGUGGUGGUGGUAGUGGAGCCCUCCUAGACUUGGAGGUCUUACUCUCCGUCGACCUUUCCGGCCUGGGAGAUCUGCUCAACUCUCUGCUAGGUCUGCUCCUGGGAGUAGCAAAGGCUUCUCCUUGCGAGUACGGUGAAUACGCAAAGAAAUUCGAGGGUUUGAUCGCUGAUGUCUACGUGUACGUCAACCUCCUAGGUAUUGAGGUACAAGUGAACCUCCUGAUCAUCCUGGGUCCUCUGUUGGAGGCUGUGCUGGGUCUCGUCGAAGGUCUUCUCCAAGGUUUGCUCAUCGACCUCAGCCUCAUCUUGAACCUGGUCCUCAACCUCCUCGUCACACUCAACCUCAAGAUCGACCUCGGAGUUGCCGUUCAACUAGGAAACCUCCUCAAUCUCGAUGUCCUCGCUCUCCUUAGCCUCGGGUAGAUUAAGUUUUAGUUAUAGCUUUAAAUACACUGACAGUCUUUA